AUGCCUGAAGCAGUUCCUAUCCCUUAUACGGCACUUGGUAAGCCAAUCACCGAGUAUGUUGAGUACAACAAAGCUAAAUUUUUAACCACUACUUGGAAGGUUCCCCACAAUGUCCAAUACAAGGGGAAAAUCUUUUAUGUCCACGGUUUCAUGGAGAGUGCAAGCAUCUAUACUGAAUUCUUUGACAACUUGUCGCAAAAUGGUUAUGAAGUGUUCUUCUUUGACCAAAGAGGCUCUGGUGAAACGUCACCACAUGAUUUGGGAGGGACAAAUGAGUUUUAUACCUUUGAUGAUUUGGACUUCUUCCUCAAGAGGAGUUUAGAUGCACGCACUGAUCCUAAAGAGAAGUUUAUCUUGAUGGGCCAUUCAAUGGGUGGUGGAAUCAUCUUGAAUUACGGUAUCAGAGGCAAAUACAAGGACGGAAUAAAGGCAAUUGUUGCGUGUGGUCCAUUGAUCAAAUUGCACCCUAAAACUCAACCAAAUAUUGUUUCCAGAGUGGCAUUGCCCUAUGUCUCCAAAGUUUUACCAAACUUCAAGUUAGACUCAAAAUUGGAGUAUGAUUACAUUACUUCAAACAAGCGUUGGCAAAACUAUAUUAGAGAACACGACAAAAAGUUGAUUGGUUCACUUGGUCAAUUCAACGAUAUGUUCAAAAGAGGUAAAGAUUUGUUGAAUCCAGAGUAUGCAAAGAAGUUUGACACCAAGAUUGCAUUGUUGAUUGUGCACGGUACUCAUGACUACAUCAAUGAUAUCAAAGGAAGUGAGGAGUUUUUCCCAUUGUUGCCAAAGGAUAUGAACAAGGUGUUUGACAGAAUCGAUGCUGGAAGACACAGUUUAUUUGUGGAAAACGAUGAGUUGUUCAAAUUGGUGUUCAAGAAGGUGACUGAUUUCCUUCAAGAGUAUGCAAAGAAGGAUUAG